AUGGCCUUGCACAAUAUCAACCCUCUGCUUGAGGCAGAGCCGUAUGAGAUGACGCAAGGCCCACGGCAGGCAGCCUCACCUCAUGAACUCAAGGCCUUCUAUCAAGAUAUGGAGAGAAAGGACCUUGAGCGUAGAUUGAGCAAAAGGAAUUCAAAAACUCGCUCACUUUGGUCCCGCAAGUCCCUCAAACGAUCGGGCAGCAACCCCGGAAACGUUGCAGCCCAAAAUCCUUCAGGGCCCGAACCUCCACUACAACCACCAUCUCCUCCUCCACAAAACGCGGGCGCGGCCGCUGAGCGCCUGAUACAGGAGGCGAACGAACUCGUGGAGGAACAGAAGGACAAGGCUAUGGAGCUUCAGUCAAACUUCAACGCCACGGGGAGUUCCCUCGUACCCGACCCUUUAACAGAACUCCCAGCAUGGUACAACAAAGACAGCUGGUCAAACGGCUCCAUGUCCCACAAAGUUCGCUUCCCCAUACACAAUCCAGUCGGACCGCGAUGGUACAGAAACUACCACCUUAUACCGCCAUCUCACCGACAGCGCUCGGCGCGCCCGCCGUCGGUGUUCUCCCCCUCGUUUCCCCCGAUGGCCUUUUCGUCCACUCAACAGGAGCAGAUCGACGAAUACCGCGCCGGUCCCAGCAGAACACCAUCUGGCUCCCCCCUUCCCACUCCAAACUCUUCACAAACCAAGGUUGAAGAGACGGCUGGUAAACGAUCUCGCAAGACAUCUCAGACUGCGCAUGACAAUGUGGAUAUGCUUGAUGUCAGUGAUCCGUGGGGGACGAACUGGCACCAUCAGUCGCCAUACGACAUCGGUUUGGGGAAUGGGCCUGUGUCUGUCGACAUACACGAGAAUCGUAAUCAAUCGCGUUCACGACUGUCCAGCAUGGGGACAAGUCAAAGUCGCCAUAGAAGCGUCGUUCCUUCGCCACUGUCACAAUCAACCUCCGCAGUGCACCUACAUGUCCCAGAUCACGACUCAAUACGACUGCCUCGGAAGCUGAGCAAACGACGAGCUCCUACCGUAGGCAGCAUCUUCAGCGGAGGAGGUCCGCCCCCAGACGAGCCUGAGCGAAAUGCCAUAUCUCUCCCGACGACCCCGACGGAACAUCCACCAAUACAGGCCGAACCCCCGGCGCAUGGCAUGGAACUUUCGCGCCGCACGUCCAACUUAAACACCCCCGGUCUACCCCCAUCUUCAGCAUCUCAGGUUUCUGGAAAGAAAGCAAAGCGAGGCAGUGUCUUAGGCAGGCUUGCCAAGAAGUUCAGUAUUCUCAAAGGCCGGAUGGACAAGCACGAGACCGAUAACAAUGGCACAACGUCUAACGGAGCUGAUGCGCGGAAGUCAUUCAUCGUGGGCCGGCAGGCAUCACCUGAGAGACCUCCAAUAGAUCCUCGACGGCACACAGAGCCCGCUAAACGUGUCCCCCCUCCUGUAGAGCACGAGGCUCCAGCUCCAGAACCUCCAGUUAACGCCGACUCCAAGAAACCUACAGGCGAUCGUACCUCGUUAGCCUCCAUAGACAUGCCGUACUGGGGAAGGCUAACCAUAACUAAUCCCGAUGCCCCCAGCUCGGAAACCAACACUCCCGUGCAGCGAGACGCGCCACUCCCUCCCGAAAAACAUGAAUCCGAUAGCCACCACCAUCACCACCACCAACAUAGUUCUUCUGUAACAUCACCUCCACCCGCUCCUUCCGCAGCUUUCAUGUCUCUCCCUGCAGAUCAGCCGACCAACUCUGGUCUCUCUGCCCCUUCACUCUCUACGGUUCCCCCAGACCAGCCUUCGCCACUCCUUCCUCCAAUACCAGCCCCGUCGCCUGGUCCGCCACCGACUCCCGACAAGCAGUUGCCGCCUAAACAUUCGCCUUAUCAAGAACCACCACAAUUUAGCAGUACAGUAUCGUUACCCACCAUUCCGUCGCCAUCUCCCGGCACGCCAGCACAAAUCCCCUUCCCCUCCCCCCCAUUCAUGAACGGUUCUCUUAUGGUUGGCUCCCCGAUGACCAUCCCCUCCCAAUUUGAUUAUAGCGAUUCGCCGCUGUCCAGUGUCUCUAUGUUAGCUAACCCUGGUACACCAUACAACCCCGAGAUAUCCAUGCCCCCGUCAAUAGCCCCGCCUCCUAUUGCUCUACGCUCCUCUUCCGAGGGAUCCCCGCUGACGCGUGAGGUUCACCCUGAUGGCCCCGAUCAGCGGUCAAGUCAAGCUACGCGCGAGACUGAGACUUUUAAGCUGGUGAGGAGUGCCUCAGGUAACGUGUAUGCAUCGACUGACACCAUCCAGGGCGGUGGAGAGCAGUGGGAAGUCGUAGAGUCGAAACCUGAGAGCCGAUCUAAGGAUGGAAGUCGUGAUCGACAGUCUAAGUCCAAGCCUAAGGAUAGGGAUAGGGAGAAGGACCGCGAGAGGGAGAAGGAGAGGGAGAAGGAGAAGGAACGGGAGAAGGAGAGGGAAAGAGAUAGGGAAAGAGAGAAAGAACGGGAGAGAGAGGAACGUCGUAGAGAAAGAGAGGCUGAGAGGGAGAGGGAGCGAGCCAAAGAGAAGGAGAGGGAAAGACAGAAGGAGAAAGAGAAGGAACGUCAGCGGGAGAAAGAGAGGGCACGAGAGAAGGAGCGAGAAAGAGAGAAGGAGAAGGAGAGAGAAAAGGAGAAGGAGAAGGAGCGGAAGGAGAGGGAACGGGCUCGAGAGAAGGAGAAAGAGAAAGAGCGGGAGAGGGAGAGGGAGAAGGAAAAAGAGAGGAGCAAGGAUAAAUCUAGGGAGAAGGACAGCGAACGCGAUAGUCGCAGGGAGAAACGCCGCCAGGAGAAAGAGAAGCCCUCGAAAGAGAGUAGCUCAUCCUCCCAUCAUGACAAGGAUAAACGGCCAUCUAGACACAGGUCUGCGCAGGAAGGCCACGGUUCUUCCCAUUCCUCUCGCCAUGCUAAAACAUACAGCCUUGAAGUCAAUGUUGGCACAGAUGCUUCAUCUUCUCGUAAAGAUGACAGAUCAAGCAGACGGCGCGAUGGUGACGACAAGGAUCGCAAAGCUGAUCGCAAACACUCUCCCCCGGAAGGCAGCAGGCUCCAGCAGGCUACAUCGUCGUCGAGUCGACGCCUGGAGCGAGCCAACUCCACAUCUACCCGCCCAACUUCUGAACUUCCUCCUACUGCUGACCUGAAUGCUCUUCGAGCGCGAGAAGCUUGGGAGAUGGAUCGGCUGUGGAAAGCAAGAAGUAUGUAUGGGUCUGACCCGAACAAUCUUGCUCCCGCUCCAUCUUCUAUCGCCUCUGCUACCUCGUACAUGGUGACGGAAGCCACUACCCAUGGCGCUGUACACGGAUCCAGCCAUACCGCGUUCAUGGUUCCUACGCCGUUUCAACAUCAUCCACACGGCCACAUUUACAAUUCUAUGCCGAACGGUCCAGCUCCCAUCAUUUACGCUGCACCCCAUGGUGCUCAAUACCAACAUCAUCCACACCAAUACCCACAUACGCAUUCUUACUCACAAUCUUACACUUCAUCAGACACCCUCAGUAUGCCACCAGCCUCGAGAUCCAACCCGCUUCCGGAACCGCCUCGAGAAUCAACUAUCAUAUUGGAUCAUAAUGGCCGACCAACCGAAUACUGGACCAAAUACACUGGUGUAACGACUGCCCACUGA